CUUCCAGAACGUUUUGCAGAGACUUCAAGUAUUAAUCUCACAAGAUUUAUCCUUCAUAUUUUCAGUUUCGUUGUUCGUUUUCAAAGAGCUCUAUCUGUGUACUAGUUGGUCAACGUAGAAUCAAUAUGCAGGUAACUUUGCAAGCAGCACCCCACUCAUCCAGAAAGAAACGGCUGCGCCAAUUGUUACCAGAACUAUACUUGGGAAAAUACACAACUGGGCCUGGGAAUAGCUUGACAGAUGUUCCCGGCGUUCUUGCUCAUACCCAAGAGAUUCGCUCGGCAGAAGGUUGUCCUGAUGGAUCCAUAAAUACCGGUAUUACAACAAUUCUCCCACGCAAGGAAUUUUUCAACAAAGCUUGCUUUGCCGGCAUCUUCAGGUUUAAUGGCUCGGGGGAAAUGACAGGAACUCAUUGGAUAGAAGAAACUGGUCUACUACAUUCACCAAUCAUCAUUACCAAUAGCUUUGGCGUAGGCGCGGCGUACGAAGGCAUUUAUAGGUACUGCAUUCGCGAAUACGCCGAUGAAGAUGGCAGUUGUGACUGGUUCAUGCUUCCUGUUGUCACCGAGACUUUUGAUGGCUAUCUGAACGACAUUGGCAAAUUGAGCGUGAGACCGGAGCACAUUGUUUACGGCCUCGAGUCUGUAAGUAACGCACCUAUACGAGAGGGAAACACGGGCGGCGGAUGUGGUAUGCUGUGCCAUGGUUUCAAAGGUGGUACUGGCUCAAGUAGCCGAGUUGUGAAUGGUCAGGAUGCCAAAGGCAAUAGUCAGACCUUCACUGUUGCAGCGUUAGUUCAGGCGAACUAUGGAAGGCUAGGAGAUUUGAGGAUCACUGGCGUGCCAGUUGGAAGGAUCCUCGCUGAAGUGAUUUCGAAGGAGUCCCGUGGAGACGAGAAGAAUAAUUAUACACUCAAAUCUGCCAUCGAUGCCGUCCACCGUUACAAGGACAUUAAAGACGGAAGCAUAAUAGCUAUUGUUGCCACGGACGCGCCACUUCAUCCCACUCAGCUGAAUCGUCUGGCGAAGCGCGCAACUGUGGGCCUGUCGAGAGUUGGAGGUGUUGGCCAUAAUCCUUCCGGAGACAUUUUUCUGGCCUUCUCUACAGGUGUAGAGAUACCAGUGCAAAGUGUUGGAGCCAAUCAUAGAAGUGUCGACCCUUGGGUCCCAUCUGUCAUGAGCACGGAGAUGAUCGAUGACAAUACUAUCAAUUCGCUGUUCGAGGCAUGCGCUGAUGCUGUCGAGGAAAGUAUAUAUAAUGUAUUGUGUAUGGCGGAGACUACCGUUGGGUUCAAAGGCCGCACCGCCGAGGGGUUGCCCUUAGACAAACUUAAGGAAAUCAUGGAGAAGUAUGCAUGAUCUCUGAAUCGACAAUCCGCAGGAGAUUGGAAACAAAAAGGCGGGAAUUCGGGUACAUAGCUAAUAUGCAUUCUCUGUAAUCCUGCAAUUCAUGGAAGCUUGAAAUUGAAACGCGUGAAUUCGCUAACAACGAAGAGUCGUGACGGUGGAAGGGAUAUACACCAUUACCAUAGAGCUGAAUCUUGGACAAAGGGAGUUCAACUUUUCAUCACUUUAU